CCACGCCAAUUUCCCAAGCCUGGAUUUGUGAUAUCAGACUCCUCCGAGGUUAUAGAGGAAGAAGACCUACCAUCCUAUAAAGGCGGCAAAGUUCUACCCGGUUUCGAUCGGCGAAGUAUUCAAUUCCAGAUACCAGGUGGUUUCUAGGCUUGGGUAUGGUGCAUCAUCCACAGUUUGGCUUUGUCGUGACCUUCAGUACGUGUUCACACGAAACCACGGUGCCAUAAGCCUACGUUACUCCCUCAAGAGCCGAGAAAUAUAUGACACUCACGGUCUGUGUGCAGGGCCUGUGGUUCACGAAACAGAAUCAUCAGUGUCAGACCAAUUCUCCCACGCCGAAGCGCCCGUCGGGAAAAGGCUGGUACCGUCUUUUCGUUGAUUCUUUUGAGCUUGUUGGUCCCAGUAACGGGAAACACAUGCGCCUGAUCUACCCACCACUGGGAAUGAGCUUUACUGAAGGCCAGAAACUUCUUCCGGAGGACCGGUUUCCGACAGAACGUGCGCAGCGAAGCCUUCACCUGAUAUCGAAUUGCAUUGGACUUUCUUCACAAAAAAUGAUACAGUUCAUACUGGGUCCUGUCUGGGAUGGACUUCUCUGACAGCUGGCUAACAACUAUUAGAUAUAUUUUUGCACAACAACUUUGUGCUGUAUCUUUCAGAUAUGUUCGUUGCUGUGCAAUUUCUUGAGAAUGCAAGGAGCUUGGUUACAGCUUCAGCAGCAGCUGUAAGCCCAUGUUUAGGCAUGAUUAUCGGGAAGCUUCCACGACUCUGAGGAUCUGAAAGAAAGAAAGAAAGAAAGAAAGAAAGAAAGAAAGAAAGAAAGAAAGAAAGAAAGAAAGAAAGAAAGAAAGAAAGAAAGAAAGAAAGAAAGAAAGAAUAAAGAGUAUCACCAAAGAGUAAUGAUAGAACAAAGCUUUUCUAAUUCAGUUAUGUUCUGGAUGUGAAAAUGGGUGAAUCGUGCUAAGUGUUGUUGGAGUUGGUUGCAAAUCCUUGGAUUACUUAUAAAUAGGUU